AUGAAAUUCAAUCUUGCCGUGAUUUUCCUCCUCGCAACGUUGUGCGUUGCUGUAUUCGCUACACCUGUGCCCGAAGCUGCUGAAGUUGAAAGUCUUCAGAAGAAAAGACAAAGAUUAAGAAAACUUAAGCGGGAUACCAAGGCUCUCAGGAAACUGAACAAGAGAGCUGCUGCUGCUGCCGUCGCCACCGAUCCCAAUGUCUUUAAUCAGAAUACUCUCUCCGGACCCCCAAACCCUAAUAUCUGCAACCAGUCAAAGCUCACCAAGGGUAAUGGAACGCAAGACAAAACUCCUGGUCCCGGUGGUCGUACUUGUGUCACCACUCAGUUGGGAGAACUCCCCGAUGUUACCAAUAUGCCCUCGUCGUUUAUUGUCAGCCCACAGAACGGUGCAAGAAUCCCGGCCAACCAACCAUUCACCGUAUCCUUAAAAAUGAGCGGUAUCGAGCUUGGUAACUUUGAUAAUCCCGAUAACCAAUACUACUCGUUCGCCCAACAGUUGAACAAGCAAGGUCAAAUUAAGGGUCAUAGCCACAUUACCAUCCAGUCAUUGGACGGUGCUAACCCUCCGAACGCUCAAUUAUUCGAUUUCUUCAAGGGUUUGAAUAAUCCGCCCGUAAAUGGUGUCUUGUCAGUAUCAGUUGCCAACGGUCUUGCUACCAAGGGACUGAAGAGAAUUUGCUCGAUGUCUAGCAGCUUUGCCCACACGCCUGUGAUCAUGCCCGUCGCCCAACGCGGUUCUCAGGAUGACUGUAUCCGUGUCUUUAUUGUAUAA